AUGAAGACAGUCACGGCUGCGAACAACCCAGGGAAUGACAACAGUCCAGUCGAGAACGUGGAGAGUUUCAAACUAACCGCGUUUCGCGUCGGUACUCGAGUUGAACGUGAGUUGGAUGGACUGUGGUUUCCUGGCACAAUUACCGGCGUUGUACCCGAGAGCGACUGCUACGAAAUCGAGUAUGAUGAAGACAUGAAUCGAGAGAGAGAAAUACCGAGAUGCGAGUUGCGUCUCCUGGACCCAAAUCGAACCCGGGAGCAACCAGUGGCUAAGGAGUUAACCGCGCAUCAACGAGAAAUGCUACGGAAGGAUUCGUUGCUACUGCAAACAGCAGAUUACGACCCGAACAAGGCACCAACUGUCGUUCUGCAUCGCCAAGGCGAAACUAAUGCAGCGGGCGGGUACAUUAUCAAUGGGCUUGAGAACAAUGUCGCGACUGGCAAUGGGUUGCGCGGCAUUCGCUGGUUACGAGGCAACUCUUUCUGA